AUGCGGAAGGUCAGCCAUUCGCAAAUGCGAAAGGUCAGCCAGACACAGUUUAUGCGACGAGCCCUGUCUGAUCCGGUGCUGAUCAAGCCGUCCCACGAGAAUUUUCUGGUCGAGUGGAACGCGAUUGAGCAAGCCCCUUCCAUCUAUGACAAAGAUGCGGAUCCACUCUACGGGAUCCUCAUUCGUAUUGCCGAGCUCGACCUCUCUGGAGUACCACGUCACUCUUCGGCCGAAGAGCGCUACAAAAUUGGGCAAAAAGUCGAAAGGCAGCAGCGGAGACGCCACUCCAUUAUGUUGGCAAAUUUACGGGAUGCUGGCUAUACGGCAGAAGGGCUGAAAGAAAGCAGUUCGGCGCCGGAUAUUCUUCAACUAUGCUUUUCUUCCCAUAUGGACAGGAAGAGGGUGUCAUUUGGUAUUGAGGCAAUUUUACCGCCAUCGUAUCAUAGUGGAUUAGCGAGCCCAUCCUCACCUAAUGCUCGACCAAUUUUGUUGAAAAAGUGUAUCGACCAGAUUGAUACGACACUUCCCUUGUCUCAUAUGGAUUUUGAUACCUUUGCGGCGUGGAGGAGAGGAUCAAAAAUGUCGAUUGAUUUACAAGCCAAAAAACGGAAGGAAUCAAAAUCAAGCAUUCCCGAACGACCCGAACCCCACCAUCCCCUCGCGUUCGUAAAAUCAGCCCUAAUCUCCUGCUUUCAAAGAAGAUCCUAUUGCCGUACUCGACCCGACCAAUCCUUC